AUGAGCCGAGUAAUCUCUCCGCCUCCCGAAAUGAGUUUAAUUGCCUUCCAGGGAGACUUCUGUUUCGCUUUCUUGUUCUCUAACUUUGUCUGGCGAAGCUAUGGAACACCAUGGCUUGACCAGGCCGCGGCUGGGAAGCUUGGCAGUCUCUCCCUGGAUGCCACGAAAGCGCUUUCUCGGGCCAACUUUGGGAGAUCUAACCACAAGUCAGAUAUAGAGCUCAAGGGCAUUGUGCAAUAUGGAAAGUGCUUGAGCACAUUGGCUGGUGCACUGGGAAGCAGCACUACUCAGAGACGACAAGAGUUGCUGAUUCCUAUUCUUGUAUUACUGAUGCAUUCUGUCAGCACCGAAGCUCAAGCUUCUAGAGAAUGCAAUGCUGACUUUGCGCAGGCAUCCUACUCUGACCAAACUGGUGCCGUGUCCCAUCUCCGAGGGCUCGCCAGACUGCUUCAUCUCUGUGGACCGGAGGCUUUUCAGGAGCAGCCUUUUCUCAAUGCGUUCGAGGCAACAAGGGCGACUUUGCUUGUAGCGAGUCUAUAUGGCAAACAACGCCUCUUUCUCGAGGAUGAACGCUGGAGAAUCGUUCCAUAUGAACGCAACAAUGCAUCCAAGACGCCGCAGAGCCAGCUCUUGGACAUACUAGUCGUCGUGCCAGGUAUUUUACAAGACCACUCAGCAUUGCGGACUAUGGAUGAGGAUGGAACACACACGAAAGGAGAGCUGUUGGCAAGAGUUGAGACCCAGAUGAUUGCCCUCUACCGCUGGCGAUGGCAAUGGCAAGCUCACUCCGGAAACCAUAUUGAGUCCGAUGUCAACAAUACGCCCCAACUGAAUGGCCGAGCAGCUGAUGCUCUGGGUUCUAUUGGUUAUUCCAGACAAUCAGGACGACUGAGGUUCGGCAAGUUCGCACUCGCAACAGACCUCAUGCUCUACAAUGCUACGCUGAUGUGGCUCAUCGCGCUUCAAUGGAAGAUCGGCCCUGUCAGCGCAAGCUCGCGCAUUGAGGCGUGUGCUAGUGCUGCCAUGCCCGAUGAACCAGCCACUAGAUAUCUAUCCUUUCAACCCCUUCGACGACCCGGCGCUUCAAUCACAGUGCGAGAUCCUGCAAUGGAAAUCUGCCGAGUAUUUGAAUGGGUAACUAGUCAUCAUUCUCGAAGCAAGGAACCCACGUUCCUGUACCUCUUCCCGAUAGGGAUGGCUAUGAGUGCUCUAGAGGCCGAGGCCGAGCCCGAGGCCAAGGCUUGGGUGACGGACCUACUAAAUAAGAGCCCAAUUACGGCUAACUAUGCCAGUGGGCAGAACGCUGCUGGGUUUGGUUUUUAUAUUACUCCUGAAGCACUCAAUCCGGAGGUCGACAUGGCAAAGCACCAGCUAUUCUCUAGUCGAGAUGUACAGCAGCUAGUAGCUUAA